AUUGAUUCUUCAUCUUUUCUUUUUGUCUGAUUUGAAAUGGAAACGAAAGUCGAAAAAAAAAUGUACGGAGAUUGUCAAGCGAUGAAAUCAGGCGAAGAAGAAGAAAGACAUGUGUUUUUAAAUUCCGACAACAUUUUCGGUUCGGUGUCUUCGUCUCCGACAACAACAAUCCAAAACCCUAAUUACAAAUUCACCUCCUUCGACAACCCAAAUUUCCCUUACAUUUUUCCGAAAGAGGAGUAUGAGAUGAUGAGCAUGAUCGAAAGCGGGUCGGGUAUGUCAACCUGGUCGGGUCAUGACCCGGUGGAGAAUACUGCAAUCGAACAAGAGCCUCCUCCGGCGAAGAAGAAACGUAACCAUAGACACACUGCUCUUCAGAUUCAACAAAUGGAAGCGUACGUCUUUGCCGUUUUCUUUUCAGAUUACAAAUUGUUUAAGGAAAAUCCUCAUCUGGAUGACGAAAAAAGAUUGAGAUUAAGUAAAGAACUUGGUCUGUCGCCACUACAAGUCAAGUUUUGGUUUCAAAAUAAACGUACCCAAAUCAAGCUUGAUCGUUUACGCAGCAUUGUUUCCAUGAGGAAUCCUCCUCCUGAACAAGAGAUUACAUGUUUGAUCCCGGAGACUAAUAACAUCAACAAUAACAUGUUGAUUGCGGAAGAAGAAAAGGCGAUUGCGAUGGAACUUGCGGUUUCUUGUGCUCAAGAAUUAGCAAAGAUGUGCGACAUAAAUGAGCCCUUGUGGAGUAAGAAGAGACUAUACAAUGAUAGUGUGUGUCUAAACGAGGAAAAGUAUAAGAAGAUGUUCUUCUGGCCUCCAAUGACUGAUGAUGAUCGUUUUCGCAGAGAAGCUUCAAGAGCUAAUGCAGUCAUCAUGAUGAACUGCAUUAACCUCGUCAAAGCAUUCCUUGAUGCUGAUAAAUGGUUGGAAAUGUUCUGCCCGAUAGUCUCAAGCGCCAAAACAAUUCAGAUCAUUUCUUCUGGAGCCUCUGGGCCAAGUGGUACUCUUCUUCUGAUGUUUGCAGAGUUACAAGUAGUGUCUCCAUUGGUACCAACAAGAGAAGCUUAUUUUCUUCGGUAUGUGGAGCAAGAUGCCGAAGAAGGAAAAUGGAUGAUUGUAGAUUUCCCCAUCGAUAGGAUCAAACCAGCAUCAGCUACUCUUACUGAUCAAUACCGGAGAAAACCUUCUGGUUGCAUCAUUCAAGCAAUGCGUAACGGAUACUCUCAGGUCACAUGGGUAGAGCACGUGGAAGUAGAAGAGAAGCUUGUGCAGGACGAGGUGGUUAGAGAGUAUGUGAAGAGCGGUGUGCCCUUUGGCGCGGAACGGUGGCUAGCUGUGUUAAAGAGACAGUGUGAAAGGAUGGCUAGUUUCAUGGCUACAAACAUCACUGACCUUGGAGUGAUACCUUCUGUAGAAGCAAGGAAGAACUUGAUGAAUCUGUCGCAGAGAAUGGUUAGAACUUUCUGUCUGAACAUAAGCAAUGCAUAUGGACAAGCAUCAACAAAGGACACAGUGAGAAUCGUAACCAGGAAAGUUUGUGGUGGUCUUGUUCCUUGUGCCGUGUCAGUCACGCUUCUUCCUUAUUCUCAUCACCAAGUCUUUGAUCUUCUCCGCGAUAAUCAACGUCUCUCUCAGCUGGAGAUCUUGUUCAAUAGAAGUUCAUUUCAAGAAGUUGCUCAUGUAGCUAAUGGAUCACAUCCUGGAAAUUGCAUCUCUCUUCUUCAGAUCAAUGUGGAGAGCAAUUCAUCGCAAAAUGUAGAGUUGAUGCUUCAAGAAACUUGCACCGAUAACUCCGGCAGUCUCCUGGUGUACUCCACCGUCGAACCCGACGCCGUUCAGCUUACUGCUAUGAACGGCGAUGAUCCUUCUAAACUCCCGCUUUUGCCCGUUGGAUUCUCUGUUGUUCCAGUGAAUCCAUCCGAUGGCGUCGAGGGUAUGUCCGUCAAUUUGCCUUCGUGCUUUCUCACAGUUGCGAUACAGGUCUUGGGGAGCAACGUCACCACCGCAAAACUCGAUCUUUCCACCGUCUCCGCCAUCAACAACCGUAUUUGCGACACUGUCAACCGUAUCACUUCCGCGCUCGUGAACGACGUCGGUAAUUAGGAGAAGAUUUGGAGGGUAUUUUGGUAAAUAAUGCGCAGCUAAAAAACUGAUUAGGUAUUUAUUUUUGUAGAUGAGGGUAAAUUGGAUCCGAUACAAAGGGUAAAAACUGGAAUUUACCACUAAAUAUUUUGGGGGAGUCAAGAACGCACCAAGGCAUGAUUUGUUGAACCGGGGUUGUUUAUCUGGUUUAACAAAUGCUUGACUGGUUC